ACAGCACAUCGUUCAGUCGCGAGCGAGAACACGGGCCACUGCUUGCCCCCCGCUUUAGCCGUGCUCGCGUUCCUGUACGAUAAUAAUAAUAGUAAUAGUAAUAAUAAUAAUAAUAACAUCGUAUCGUAUAUGCCGUUUACUACUGCUGGUCGAGUCUAGUACACACGCGCGAAAUCGAAUUUAAAAAAAAAAAAAAAAUUGUUCGUUAAAUAAAAAAAUUCGUUCGCCGGCCGACAAGUGUUACAAAAAAACCCGCGGUUGUCCGUUUUAUUUUUUUUGCCGCCGAAAUCGGUCGCUAUUCGUACGAGAUAGUUUUGAAAAAAAAAUUGUUUAUUCAAAAAAAAAAAACCUGUUCGUUUGGCCGUCGUCGCUAAGUGUUGUGCUUUUCGAAAAAAUAGUUAAAUUUUCUUUUUUUUCUGAAAUCGCUCCGAUUCGAUUUUUCGACUAUAAUUUUCCGUUCCUAUUCUCCUUCUGUGUGUGUCGACUGUGUCUUUUAUUCUUUACGUCUUGUGUGUAGCAUUCGUUAUCUGUCGAAAAUGACUCAUACCGCGGUGAUUUAAUUUGUUACAAUAAUAAUAAUCGUGUCAUUUAUUAUCGUUUUGAAACCGUUCGGCGCGACCGGCAAAAAAAAAUACCCAUAUUUUUUUUAAAUCUCUUUUUUUUUUUUAUCUGUAUUUCGCCGUACUCUGCCAGAAUGGACGUACUGCCCAGCGGUAACAUAUUCAGGGAGCUGCAGGACAUACACGACACGGGCUAUUUUUCGGCUCACGUUUCGCUCGAGGAUCACUGGCAACAGACUUGCUACGAGAUGGAACGUUACCUGAAGGAAGAGCCAAUGGUUUCAUCUUCUCCGACGCGAUCGGAGUCUCCUUGGCUGACGACGUGGUCGACAAGGGUCGAGGUCGAGGUGGGAUUGGAUUGUGCGAGCAGCGUGACUUCUAACAGCAGUUCACCGUCAACGUGUUGGUCAGGGUUCGCCACACCCCCGCCAAGUCCUCCGGACGAGACGGACACACCCCUACCGCCGCGCCCCCCGGCAUUACCUUUGCUGAUGCACUCGCCACCGUCGACGUCGUCCUCUUCGCCCGCAUCGUCGGUCCUGUCAGUCUCCACCACCGCCAACCCGGUCAGCCCCGCACAGCCGAUCACCUCCUCCGCCGCCGUCGGCGGCACUACCUCUACGGGCACCACCACUGCCGGGCUCCUCAAGGUGACCGUCGCCCCGGCCGCCUUGAGCUCCACGCGAACACUAGCCACAGCACCGGCGCCAGAUCCCGCCGUGCCGGUGGUGUCCAUGGCGGCGUAUCACCCUCGACUGCACUUGUCGCCGGACGCGGCCAAGAAGAUCCACAAGUGCAAGUACCCCGGCUGCGAGAAGGUCUACACGAAGAGCUCGCACUUAAAAGCUCACCUGAGAACGCAUACCGGCGAAAAGCCGUAUAAAUGCGAAUGGAUCGGUUGCGGCUGGAGCUUUGCCCGGUCGGACGAGCUGACCCGCCAUUAUCGCAAACACACUGGCGCCAAACCAUUCAAGUGCCGCCACUGCGAGCGAUGCUUCUCCAGGUCCGACCAUUUGGCGCUGCACAAGAAACGGCACUUCACUUAAACAAGCGCCCACGCAUACACCGCACACACACACACACACACGCACCCCCCCCCCCCCCGCCCCGCCCAGCUGCUAUACACUCUACACGUUCACGAGGCACACGAGACACGUCCGAACACGAUCGACUAACUCCGGCAUCGUCGGAUACACCGUGUAUGUUAUGUAGUGUGGUAAACUUACUAAACCGAGAUGCGCAAAAUAAUAACAGUCGAGUAAUGACUGCCCGGCCGCAUUUAAACGUACACCGCUGUGGUUUUGUAAAAAAAAUCACGGCCCAAACCCCCCCCCCCCCCC